ACUUCAAAAACGGACUUUGGCCUGAAUUGAUUUAGAAUUUAAUCAAAUUGAUUAAAUUUUGCGUGUGAUUAGGAUUAGUUUCGUCGUCAAUUGAGGCAAAAAUGGCUCCAGCUCCGUCAAAAACCCUCAGCUCCGUAUUCAGUUACCAAAGUUUCGUUCAUGCCUUUUCCGGGGCUUGUGGAGGCAUUGUCGCAAUGUCGACUUUUUAUCCACUCGAUACUGUGAGACAUCAUUUGCAACUGGAAGAUCCGGAUAAGAAAAAACGCAGCACCUUCGAGGUUUUGCAGCAAAUCGUCAAAGACGAGGGUUUUAGCAGUCUUUACCGAGGCUUAAUUCCCGUCUUGCAAUCCUUGUGCAUUUCAAAUUUCGUCUAUUUUUACUCAUUCCACAGUUUAAAAGCAUUAAACGCCUCCGGGAGUCAAUAUGCGAUGCGAGAUUUGCUUCUGGGGUCACUUGCUGGCUGUAUCAACGUCAUGGGAACGACUCCCUUUUGGGUCGUGAACACUCGUUUGAAGAUGGCUGACGUUCGGGGCGAGCAUCGUGUCGGUUACGACAAUUUACUCGACGGAUUGUUCUACAUUGCACGCAACGAGGGCAUCACAGCACUUUGGGCGGGCGCCGCAGCAGGUCUCGUGCUCGUCAUCAAUCCCGCGAUCCAAUUUAUGACGUACGAAAGCAUUAAAAGGCGAUUUUUGCUGAACAACAAAAACGUUCCGGCAGCCACGUCUUUCGCAAUUGGCGCCAUUGCCAAAGCUGUUGCCACAAUUUUGACGUAUCCGCUGCAAUUGGUGCAAACGAGAUUGCGUCACGGUACAAAGGGAGGCAAUUUGCCCCCAAAUAUGGGAACUAUCAAGAUGUUGUUGCACAUUUUGAGGACACAAGGCGCUGCAGGGCUUUUCCGAGGAUUGGAAGCGAAAUUGUUGCAAACGGUGCUGACGGCAGCUCUCAUGUUCAUGACUUAUGAGAAAAUUGCGACUUUUGUAAAGUCGCUGCUCAUCAAGAACACUCCAAAGUUGAUUAUUAAGUAACAGGUGACAAAGUUUUUUUUUUAAAUCUUUCAAUUCUCGGUUGUUUAGGUACUUCUAGUCCAAUUUCCAGUUUUAGAUGUAAUUUUUUUUAAUAACAGGAAGCGAAAGUGUAAUUUACGUAAGUGAACGUAAGGGUUAAGUCAAGUCAGUUUUUGAAAAAAAUUAUCAGAUUUUGAUAAUUUAGCUCUAAAAUACAAAUUUCAGCUUUUAAAAUAUUUUUUAAAUUCUAAAAACUAAAUUCAGCUCUAAUAAAAACUAAUUUUAUUUUUUUUUUUCAUAACGAAUU